AUGCGCUUGACGCUUCAGUUAACUUUGCUCGCUUUUGUGAUCCACAUUGUUAGAUCUCAAAAUGAUCAAGAAUCGAUUGCGGAAGUGGAAACCGAUUCGGACUCGGAUUCUGAGGUGGAAUCGGGCCAGUUUUUCAGCCAUUUGUACAAGAAAAAUUUGCAACAGAUGGUGAAAAUAAAGAAUGAUUCAUUGGAUCCGUGUGAUGAUUUCUAUGCUCACGCAUGCGGAAAUUUCGACAAAGCACUACAGGAAGAUCCAGAUGAUUCCUUGCCCCCUUAUCUGUAUAACAAACAGGACCGGAUGAAUUUCUUCACGGCUCAGGUUGGCAACUUUGAAACGCUACCAGGAAGACUAAUUUCACAGCUGUAUGCGGAGUGUCGGGAGAGGGGAGAUAGUAAUGUUCUCGGUGGAAAGCCUUCACUAUCGCAAUGGGAGCGCCUUUUAAAGGAGAUUCCCUUUCUGGCUAGACAUGAAGAUGUGCUCUCCUCUUGGCCAUUUCUUAAACAUCAGUGGGAGCGAAGGCAUCUAAACGGACAACUCAAUUGGAUAGUUCUGUCGGCUCAACUGGCAGCCCAUGGAUUACCCACUCUGCUCAACAUAUACUUCGCUAUGGACACGAUUUAUGUGAGUCCCAUUGAGGAUUUGCCCUGUCCAAAUAUGGAGGACUUCCAGUCCAGUCUCUCGGAUGUUUUAGAGGGUCGUCACCAUCAAGUUUCCCACAUAAUAGCUCAUGAGAUGAGGGUUCUUUGCCGCGGAAUGAGAGGAGAACUCCCAUUGGUUAUGAGUUUGACCAGAAAUGGCAGAACUACCACACCAAAACCUAAUGAAGAACAGCUUCUUCUAGAUGAAAACACUAUGGACUACUUUCAACACUUUUUUGCGGCACUUAACUUCACCACGGAACAGUUGGAAGUAGCGAGAAAAUUUCCCUUGAAUGUGGAGAAGAUCACCCAAGCUUGGAAGGUUUUGAGGCUAACCGAACCACGAAUAGUUUACAACUAUGUGAUGUGGCAGGCCAAGGAGCAGCUCAGAUAUCCGGAUUGUUAUAAAGUAUCUGAGGAAUUCGAGCGGCUUUUGCAUUCGGAAUACUGGCAGUGGCAUGUCUUAAAUUCCUAUCUAAGUAGGGAGGUCGCUUUAGCUUCCUAUCAACUGCAUACAACUCGAUUUCAGAAGCUUAGAAGAUCAAAGUUGUCCACUAGAGAUUGGUAUGGUCAUCUUUGGCCCGCUUCUGUGGAAAAAAAGGAACUUCAGGUGGCAAGAAUUCUUCAUGCUCAUGCCCAAAGCUAUUUAAAUAUAACUGAACUCAACGAGAACUACAAUGGUUUGGGUUUCGUUAAUAGCUCCUUCCACGGAAAUCUUCUGCUCCUUAGAAAAGCUAAACUCCGUCAUGGUUUCAUGUCUCCAUAUAUUGACGAGGAGGAUGUGAAUCAACCUGCAUACUUUCUAAGGCACUUUCUCCAUUUUGUGCUGCUUUCGUUGCACCGGCCAACUUAUCAUUAUUAUGCCACCCAGGGCUUGGAACUUUGGCGGCAAUCCAGAUUGCUUUUGGAUACCGAUGGUCACUAUACAGCAAUGGAUUGCCUUGAACGACAAUCACUUCAACACUUCGAUGCAGAAACGGCACCCAUUUAUAGACCGUUAAGUUUUUAUGAGAUCGGGGAGAUCUUUCACUUUUAUCGCUCAUUCCAGGCUUCACUCAGAGAUUAUCACUUCUGGCUCCAAGGUGAAAGAUUCUCCUUUGCCGAGACCUUCGUGUUGCAGUUCUUCGGAUUGGAUACACAGAGGGUGCUCUUCUAUGCAGGUGCUCAGCAGUUAUGCAAUCGCCAGGAUGACAUAUUUGCCGUCCAGUUAAACAGAGGAUACAUGAAUUUGCCUGAGUUUCAGGAGGCUUUCAAGUGUGGAGCAAAUAAGCUAAUGAAUCCCUCGUCCAGAUGCAUGAUUAAUAUGUGUGAAUAACUGAUUCGAUCAUUGAAAGUUACAAAGCAUUCAAAACUUGUGAUUGUAAUUAUAAUAAAUA